AUGACGAUGAUGACAUUCAAUGGGGCCUUUUGCUACCUUGCGACCUCGCGACCUCCUAUCAAGGCUCUCAUUAAAAAGUUCAUUCAUUGGCUAGAUAUUCAAGAAACUGCUUUCAUCUUGAAGCCCCAACUUCGCCAUGUAACACCCACCUCCUCUCGUAUGCAUGCUCACCAGAAUCAUUUAUCGGCCAGUUAUUCGACAGCGCAAUUCUGGACCGUUAAGAUCUACACGAUCUACAAUCCUGUACCAUGUCAACAUGAGACAUUAAUCUUAGCACAAACUUUUUUGAUCCUUUACGAUAGAUAG